AUGGUGGUGCUUGAAUGGGGUGUGCAAAAGCUCUUGUCCGGGUACCUAGGUCGCUACAUCAAAGACUUUCAGAAACACAAGCUCAAGAUCACUGUUUGGAAUGAGGAAGUCCUAUUGGAGAACGUGGAACUCAAUCUUGAGGCUUUCGAGUAUUUGCAGCUUCCAUUCGCUCUCAAGCAAGGACGUAUUGGGAAAUUGAGCAUUAAAAUUCCAUGGAAGAAGCUUGGUUGGGAUCCCAUCAUCAUUACGCUUGAAGAUGUCUUUAUAUGUGCAUCACAACGUAAUGAUCAAGAGUGGAGCUCAGAUGUGGUUGAGAAAAGAGAGUUUGCUGGUAAGAUGGCUAAGCUUGCCGCUGCAGAACUGGCGAAAUUGUCCAGGCGUGUCUUUGACAGUCCAGGAGCAGGGAAUCGUUUUAUGUCAUAUAUUGCAGCCAAGGUGACAUCAAUUCUUGACAGCAUUCAACUGUCCAUCAAAAACUUCCACAUCUUAUACUCUGAUGCACAACCUGAAUCGGUACAAGCUGUAUUAGGACUGCGGUUUUCAAGCUUGACAGUCACUAAGCAAAAUCCAGUAGGGUCAUCGAGAGGCCAAGUGAAUAAACUUGUGGAAAUUGAAGCUUUGGAAAUUUAUUGCGACAUGUAUGAGGGAAACAUGGACUUUCUAAGUGUUGAUAAUAAAGGAGAUUUUGACAACUGGUGCCAAUCAAGAUUGCAAAGCGAUACAUUCGGUUAUUUAUUGAAGCCAGUCCAUGUUUGUGUAACACUAAUGGUCAAUCGAUCUGGAGAGCUUUAUGACGAUCUACCUCAGUAUUCUAUCAGCGCUGAGUUGACUGAUGUGGUCAUGAGUUUGAAUGAAUUUCAAUUGCAGCAGAUUCUUAUUCUAUUAGAUUACUUGCAAACUAGCCAAUUGCGUGAGAGGUAUGGGCGGUAUCGUCCCUGCUCCACUUCCCUAUCGAGGAAACCACCAGGAUGGCAGAAACUUUGGUGGCAUUAUGCCCAAAAAUCAAUUUUAUCUGAUGUACGGAAAAAACUGUGGAAAACUUCAUGGAGAUUUCUUGGACAGCGAAUGACAAUGCGGAGGAGGUAUAUAAACUUGUACAAGCAAAAGCUAGAUUUCCUUGGCAGAGACCAGGCAAUCGAUGAGUCUGUCCUUUUGGGUUUGGAAGAAGUCGAAAAGAAGUCUGAUAUUGAUGAUAUCUUAAGUUAUAGGGCUGCAGCGGAAGGUGAAAGGCAGGAAGCUGGUUCAGAAUUGACUGUGAACAUGGGAGCAAGUGGUGGCACUGGCUCUGUAAAUGAACAUAGUGCUUCUGAAAACGAACAGAGUGAUGAUCCUACAUUGAAUAAGUCCCGUGGGUGGUUGAACUGGUUAUCGCGGGGAAUGCUUGGUGCCGGAGGCACAGAGGAUUCGAGCCAGUUUUCUGGCGUUGUUUCUGAUGAAGUUGUCCAGGAUAUACACGAGGCAACACAAUUUCACCCUCGUCCUUCAUCUCCUAGAAAUUUAAGUGCAACUAGCAAUAUCUGUACGUGCUCCAUUAGACUCAACGUACGCAAAAUUUCUGCUACUUUGCAGCAUAUAAAUGGGAGUUCCUCUCAAGUUAUGUCAGAGUUGGACAUUUUGGGGGUGUUUGUUGAAUUCAAGACUUGGAAAGAAUCUACAGCCAUGAUUGUUUCUGUUAUUUCUGGAAGGCUGGUCUAUCCUCAGAAUGGGAAAGAAAUUCUAACCAUGAAAGGGAGUGAUGCACUAGAUAUGGAACCUUCAUAUGGAGCAAGGUUGGAGUUAUCUCAAGAUCACGAUGCUGCAUUGUCAGUAAAGGUCACCCUUCAACCACUUGAAGCCGCAUACGAUGUGGACUUCUUUCUAGCUGUCAGUAAUUUUUUCUCGGCUUCAAGAUCCUUCAGACUUCAACAUGAAAGGGUUUUAUCAUCACUGAAUGGCCUCGAAAGUGAAACGCGAUUGGCGGCGAAAGCUGAGUACCUCUUAUCAAGCCGAACAAAUGUGAAAUGGGAUCUGGAAAUAAAAGACCUUACCUUAAGUUUCCCUGGACGAUUGGUUAAAUCAGGAAGCUAUAAUCUGGUUCUGGUAUUGGAAUCGCUUUCUAUCACAUCUAGUAGCCCAAGUCCAAGAAUGCAGUCCGAUGUGGUGGAUGGUUUACAAAGUUCCGUUGCAGCCUUAGAUGCUUUUCAAGUAAAAGAUAUCUACGACCAUUUUGAGAUCAAUAUCUGUGACCUUGAGAUGAGGCUGAUGAAGGUUCAUUCUUUCCAAGAAAUUCCCCUUGUGGAGAAAUCAUCUUUACUUAUCAAGUUGGCUUCUUGCAUAAUUCCGGAGGAGUCAAUUUUAAAGCAGUUGGAGGUUGAAGCUACUCUGUCUACGAUCAAUGUGCAUUUCUCUCCGUCGAUAUAUGAAGGAGUCAUAUCUGUGAUUGAAUAUAUUGAUAUUCAGGAUCAUGAAGAUCGAAAUGCUCCAAUAAACCCCGUUCCCAUCUUUCGUUUCACUGUCGAUACCAACUUGGCACUUUUCAGGUUGCACGUCAAUCUUGAAAAUGAAAGAGAAAAUAGCACAGUGCUUGUUCUUUCUAUAGAACAGCUGGAUCUCUGGUAUUCACUUACUAAAGUUGAAGAGUGGUCGGUCUGUGUGAAAGCAUUGGAAAUAAAAGCUUGCUCCUCUAAAGAUGCAGCUGACAGUCAUAUUUUGUGUUCAUCUGGGAAUCUACUGAAACCGUCCUCUGCCUAUGGACAGGGGAUGUAUGCUCAUAAUAGCGAUCAAACCAACAUUAUAGAUAACGGAACAACUCCUGAAGCUGUUAUCAGCUUAAAUUGCAAGGUUUCCCGAAGUAACAAUAUUGUUUCUCACAAGUAUACAAUCUAUUGGAGGGGCGCUGAACUCCAUUGCUACCCGUACAUAUUUGGUUUGCUGAACAGUUUUUUGGAUAAGAUAAACUCCUAUACGAUUUCUUCUGCCAAGACGAAUUCUUCAAGCCUUACUGCAGAUACGGUUGCUCUGACAGAAAUUCCUCGGUUUGGUUUUGAAAGGUUUGGAUUCUCAAACUACAUUGAAAGUAGAUCUUGUGGCUGCAUUCCUCUUGACAGAUAUCCAUUUGUGACCAUUUACAAUUCUGGUUCUCUUGGUAGCCUUGAAAGCUCUCGUUGCUAUUCGACUUCUGACUGGAGGAAGUUAUUUAUGUUAAGGAAUAAAAAGGACUUGGCAGAAAUAGGUUCGAACUGCGAGUGUAACAGCUGCACUUUACAACCGAAACAUGAUUAUCCUCUGAAUGAGCCGACGUCCGCCAGAGGUGUUGGUCAGACCAGUCUCUUUACGGUUGAUGUGAAUGUCUUCACCAUCAAUGUGCAUUUUCAUGAUUCUUCAAGUGUUUUGGGAACUAUUAUGCUUCCAGUAUCCACAUACUUGCUUACCAUUUCAGACGAUCGUCUCGAUUUGGUUGCCUCUGCUGAAGACUUGAUGCUGGAGUCAUCUUUGUUCACCAACUAUUCUGGUGGGUUUCUUUGGAAACAUUCGUUAGCAGAUAUCUCGCCGGUCUUGAACCUACGUGUAAGGAAGAGGAAUUUGGAGCCUUCUGGUUCUGAACUUGAAGUGAGUAUUGGUAUUCAACACACAUGUUGUAUUUUGCCGCCUGAAUAUUUGGCCAUUAUAAUUGGAUACUUCUCUCUUCCUGACUGGACUUCGAAGCCAGGCCUGCAGACAUUGCCACAAGCUACUGAGUUUACGAAGCCUCACUCUAAGCUUGCCAUUAGUUAUAAAGUUGAGAUACUAGACUCCAGUGUGAUUCUUCCUGUGGAAAAUGAUGACCACCGGCAGCUGAAAACUGACAUUCAGCAGUUAUAUAUUAGCUUCAUUCAAGAUAUUGCUUCGAGCAAUGUGUUGCAGCACGUACCACAGGAAUGUGCUAUUCCACAUAAUCAAGUAGCAGGGCACGCAGACUGGUUAAACAUAUUGGGGCAAGGCUUAUCGCUAUCAUUGCUGCUUUCUGAGAAUGGCAUAUUAAUUUCUAAGGAGGACGCUGUUUGCAAAAGUAUCACGCUGGCUGCUAGCAUUAUUGCUGACGCUUGGAUUAGAUUACCAUGUGAUCUUGAUUCGUCAUCUGAUCUGACAUGUAUUAUGUCAAGGGUUGAAGUUUGUGAAAUUAUUGCGGAUGAUUCAGAUGCCUUGGAUGGGUUUAAAGCAUUUGUUGAUGUGAUUGAUCAGUUUUCUUUGGUUGGUGAGGAAGCCAAAUUGUUCGUGUCUGAUGUUCCUCAGUUUCUUCAUACAAAGUUGGGCCUAAAGGAAGAGAUGGCAGUUGCACCCCUUGAAUCUUUCACUAGCUUUAUAAAAUUCAAUUUUUUUGUCAAUCUUUUGACGACAAAACUUCAUCGGUUAAGAAAAGAUCCUGAAACACUGCUAUCUGAACCAGUGCUCCAGGCUAAUAUGAAAUUUGUUUGCUCUGGAGAACUUAGAAAUAGUUUCCCUAUGAGCUUGGAUGUUCAAAUUUUUGAAAUUGGGCUUUAUUCAUUGCUGAGCUCAGUCAUGUUAGCUAGAUGCACGAGCAAUGCAUAUGGGGAUCCUUCGGCACUUAAAGUCAGAUUUAUGGAACAGGCUGCAAAUGGAUACGGUGUCUGUUUUUCUCUCCCAUCCCUAGACAUCUGGUUACACUCUUUUGAUUGGAUUGAGGUUAUUGAUCUUCUUAAAUCUUAUGCCGAGAAACUGGAAGGCAGUAGUCAAGACCCUUUUUUGUCAGAAGGUUCCAACUUGGAUAUUCUGGAUUCUGUUGAAGUGGUAAGGAAUAGCUGUGACAAUACUGAUCGCGUUUUGAACGGUCAGCAGUACGAGGUAUCAGAGAAUUCUAGUGAGGGUAUUGCAAUUGCUGCGAAAUCAGAGAUUAUUGGCGUCACCAUCCAUUUUCCUCUCUGCAUAAGCCACUCAGAAUUUCCAGGGUUCAUGGCAACUGAUAUUCAUGAGAGAUCCGAGGAAGAACAAAGAAGAACUUUUAAAGGGAAAUACUGUAAAUAUGUUUCUGUUACAGCUUUUAGUAGGAGCGGUGAACUCUCUGUUCUUGGGAGAGAUGUUAAACUGAGCUAUAAGAUUGAAAAGCUCAAUGGGAUUCUUGCAAUAUCCGGGGUUGAUACUGUCAGGUCUUGCCCACUAUUUGGGGUAUCACAACUACUUGUAGAUGCUAGUAUUCAUAUGGAUCAGAAGAAAAUCAUGAGCAUCGACACAGGGAUACUGUCUGACAUCGUAGAGAUGCAUGCAUCUCAUCAAGUAUUAUCUUUCUGGCAUGGAGUUGCAUUUGAUGCACCUGAGACGCCAUCUUCACAAAAUUCGCAAGGAAACAUGAGUAUCAAAGUCCAGAUUAGAGAUGUGUCUCUUCUUAUAUCUGAUGGAAGGUGGGGAUGUAGCGGUCUGCUUCUUGAAGUUCUUAUGAGAAACUUUCUGCUGCAAGCUAAUCUGACCGAGAAGAACGUGGAGAGUUUGGUUUCAUGUGAUCUUGAAGUGAAUUAUAAUAAUAUGCAUAAGGUCUUGUGGGAGCCUUUUAUUGAGCCCUGGAGUUUUGAUAUCAAAUUUUCCCGGAAAUUUGAGGCAAAUGCUUUGCUGAACAAUGCUGGGCUCACUGAAGUAAUUGUUGCCUCGUCAAAUCAGCUCAAUGUGAACUUAACAGAACCUCUUUUUGAGUGCAUUUUCAGGAUAAUCGAGAUGGCGAGCACUCUGGAACUGAUGGAAACAGGUGUUGUUCCUGAGGACAAGGGAUUGCCAUCUUACUGCACCAGAAGUACCAGUACAGAACAAUAUUCUCCAUACGUACUUCAAAAUUUAACUUCUCUCCCGUUGGGGUACCAAGUUUUCCAAGGACAUGAUUCAGAUGUGCUUAACAUGUUAGCUCCGCUGGCUCAGAACUUUGUGCAACCCGGUUCCUCUGUUCCCAUCAAUCUCGAUAAUAGUGGCGCACUACUAAUUCCUGAUAAACGUCGAAGUCAUUUUGGCUGUUUAAGCAGCGAAUCUGAUGAUGCCACACAUCAUUAUAUGAAGAUCCAACUUGAUGGAACAGCUGUUGCUUCUCCUCCUCAUUCAAUGGAUCGAAUUGGCCUUUCCUAUUUUGAGGUUGAUUUUUCCAAGACAUCAAAAUCCCGUAAUGAUGUUGAAGAAGCAAGUAAAUCUGGUUCUGGGAGCAGCUUUGUUGUUCCUGUUGUGUAUGAGGUUUCAUUGCAGCAGCAGAGCAAGUUGAUACGAGUAUACUCAACAGUGAUAAUUUUGAACUCCACAUCCAUGCCUUUGGAACUUCGCUUUGAUAUUCCAUUUGGUGUCUCCCCGAAGAUCCUAGAUCCUAUUUUUCCUGGUCAAGAAUUUCCACUGCCUCUACACUUGGCUAAAUCUGGCCGGUUACGAUGGCGUCCCCUCGGAGAUUCUUAUUUGUGGAGUGAAGCUCAUAGCAUCUCCAAAGUUCUUUCUCAAGAUAGCAGGAUAGGCUUCCGCCGAUCUUUUGCUUGUUAUCCAUGUCACCCUAGCCAUGAACCAUUUCGGUGUUGCAUAUCUGUUCAGAGCACUAGCUUGCCAGCAUACGGUCCUGACCAAUCAAAUGAACGAUUCAUUCAUCAAGUGACUUUAAGUACUCCAUUUGUUGUAAGCAACUGUCUUCCAGAACCACUAUCACUUUCUAUCGAAAGUGGUGGCAUCAUCCAGGCUGCAUCCCUUUCUGAGAGGGAGACUCCAUUCCAUCAUAUUGAUCCUUCACAUGACUUGGUUCUUGAGUUUAAACUAAAUGGCUAUAAAUCAUCAUCUUUAAAGUUCCCACGCUCAGAAACUUUUAGCACAUUGGCUAAGUUCAGUGGAGGGAAAUUCUCUCAGACUGAAACCGUCUCCUUUGAUCCAUACCUCGGUGGUGGUUCUGUUUAUGUAUCUUGUGAGAAAACAAUGGAUGUAACAUGUGGGGCACGGGAAGUAUUUAUCUUCGUCCCAUUUCUAUUGUAUAACUGCACUGGAACUCCUCUGAUUGUUUCGGACUGCACCAAUGAAGCUAAAGUGCACAGCGUAAUUCCGUCGUGCUACAACCUGAUUGAGCAGCAUUUUGUUAAAAGUCAAAAAGUUGGUCUUGGCAUUUUGACCUCUGGGAAAGAUUUGCUAGAUAAAGUUCCAAUUGCGGAUUCCCCUUCUAGUCCUUCCUCAUCGGAGCGCAGCAACACUGCUUUCAGUAAUGAGAGAUUUGUGGAUAAGCAUGUGACUCCAUCAACUCGACAAGUCCCCUUAGCAUAUCCAAAAGACUCAGCAACUGUUCGCAAGAGAAGUCUUUCUUCAAAAAGUUUAAGGGAGGUGUGCUUCCAAGGUAAUGAGUCUGGCAAAGUAAAGGCAUGCAUUUAUUCACCUUGCCCUAUUUCCAGGGCCAGUGACAGCAUGAUCCGAGUCAAAAGGGACCUGCCAGGGUCAGAUAAUUCAAAUAGCCCAUACUCUCUGUGGUCUACUCCAUUUCCUGUUGUUCCACCCACUGGUUCAACAAAUGUAGUUGUCCCACAACCGUCGCCUGGUGAAUCAUCUUUGUUAUCUGUUACGUGCUCCAUUCUUGGUGGUGCAUUAGCAGGGAGAACGCAAGCAAUUGCUUUCCAACCUAGAUAUAUCAUCUGUAAUUCUUGCAGCCGAAGCCUAUGUUACAAGCAGAAAGGAACCAGUUUAGUUUCUCAUUUGGCUGUUGGACAGCAUGCUCAGCUUCAAUGGACAGAUACUACGAGGGAGUUACUAAUUUCAAUCCGUUUAAACGAGCCUGGAUGGCAAUGGUCAGGCAGCUUCUUGCCAGAUCAUUUAGGUGAUACUCAACUGAAGAUUUGGAACUAUGUUAAUAAAGCUUUCAACAUGGUGCGGGUGGAAGUUCAGAAUGCAAAUAUGUCAAGCGGAGAUGAAAAACUUGUAGGAAGUGUCCAGGGAAAUGUCGGGACAAACUUCAUUCUAUUAUCAGAUGAUGACAUGGGCUAUAUGCCUUACAGGAUUGAUAAUUUCUCGAAUGAGAGACUCAGGGUUUAUCAACAAAAAUGUGAAACUUUUGAUACUAUAGUUCAUCCUUACACGUCUUGCCCUUAUGCUUGGGAUGAACCCUGUUAUCCGCAUCGUUUGACCAUUGAGGUGCCUGGAGAUCGUGUUAUAGGCUCUUAUGCAUUUGAGAUCACAAAACAACCUAUUCCAGUGCACUUGCGCUCCACAUCUGAGAAACCCGAAAGGACACUAUUGCUAUCUAUCCGUGCUGAAGGAGCUACAAAGGUUUUCAGUGUUGUAGAUUCAGGUCAUCACACCAUGAAAGCUAUAAAGGAAACGUUUGACUCUAAAUCUCAUGAGAAGGGAAAGCAAAAGUUUCAAACUGAUAAUAUGAUCCGUUACACAGAAAAGUUCUUGCUUAUUUUGCCAAGCAUUGGUAUAUCUUUGGUUAAUUCUCAUCCACAGGAAUUGGUUUAUGCUUGUGCAUCAAAUGUUGUAUUAGAUCUAAGUCAGAGUGUCGAUCAGCAGAAGCUUUCCUUUCAGAUCUCUUCAUUACAGAUAGACAACCCACUUCACAAUUCUUCGUAUCCUGUCAUAUUGUCAUUUAGUCAUGACCACAGAGGCAUUGCUCCUGAUUGGGGUACUAAGGACAACAAAACAAGAUCUUUAAGUGAAACUGUUGAGCAAGUUAGGAGUCAUACCCGUGAUACUGUAGUGGACAUUGGCAUAGCAAAGUGGCGGAAGAAAGAUGUUUCACUAGUUUCUUUUGAGUACAUAAAUAUAAGGAUUGGUGAAUUUGUACUUGAGCUCGAGCUACAAACACUAUUAUCCUUGUUGGAGUUCGUCAAAGCAGUGCUUCCUAAUUCUCAGGCUAGGCUCCUGCCGCUCUCAGAUCCAACGCUACAUCCUCUAGUUUAUGACACUGGUUCCAAGGAUAUAAGUUUGGAAGAUGGUCGACCACAUGCAAGAAACAUUCCCGUGUUUAACAAAAGUCAUAGAAGCAUUGUAUCUCUACCUAUUGUGGUUCCGAUAGGAGCUCCUUGGCAGCAUAUUCACUUGUUGGCUCGAAGACACAGGAAGAUAUAUGUUGAAACUUUCGAGUUGGCCCCUAUUAAGUUUACGUUAAGCUUCUGCAGUGCUCCGUGGAUGCUUAGGAAUGGCGUUCUUACUUCAGGGGAGUCCCUUAUCCAUAGAGGUCUUAUGGCUCUUGCCGAUAUCGAGGGUGCUCGAAUACAUCUCAAGCAAUUGACAAUUGCUCAUCACAUGACUAGUUGGGAAUCAUUUCGAGAGAUCCUUGUUGGGCACUAUACUCGUCAAAUUCUUCAUGAGAUGUACAAGGUGUUUGGCUCUGCUGGCGUUAUUGGUAAUCCCAUGGGAUUUGCGAGGAAUGUUGCGCUUGGAAUUAAAGAUUUUCUUUCAGCUCCCAGUAGGAGUGUCUCAAAGAGCCCAGCAGGACUUAUUCAAGGAAUGGCGCAUGGAACCACAAGUCUCUUUAAUAGCACUGUUUAUGCUUUAAGUGAUGCUGCCACCCAAUUCAGUAAAGCUGCACACAAGGGUAUCGUUGCAUUUACAUUCAAUGACCAUGAUGUUGCAAGGAUGGAAAAGCAGCAAUUGGGUGAAGGAUCCCGUAGCAAAGGAGUUAUAGGUGAAGUGUUUGAGGGACUCACUGGUCUCCUUCAGUCACCAAUAAGCGGAGUUGAGAAACAUGGUCUUCCAGGCGUCAUCUCAGGAGUGGCUUUGGGGAUUACUGGACUUGUGGCCAGACCAACGGCUAGCAUCCUUGAGGUAACUGGAAAAACCGCACAGAGUAUCAGAAACCGAAGUAAGCUUCAUAACAUAAGAUCCCAAAGGCAUAGGCUUCGCCUUCCUAGGCCUCUGAGUAGAGAAUCACCUCUCAGGCCUUAUUCAUGGGAAGAAGCGGUCGGGACAGCAGUACUUAUGGAGGUAGGAGACUCCCUGAAGUUCAAAGGCGAGACGCUGGUGAAGUGCAAAGCCCUAAGGCAAGAAGGAGCUUUCGUUGUAAUCACAGGGAGACUGGUGUUGGUUCUAAGCUGCCCCAGCUUGGUAGAUUUCAGAAAACCGGGAUUUAUCGGAGUUCCAAUAGAUUUGGUAUGGAAUAUCGAAAGAGAAAUCGGUUUGGAGAAUGUGAUACACACAGAUUGUACAGGCGGAGUUGUCCGCAUCAUAGGAAGCAACUCAGAUGGUGUAUGGAACUGGAGACAGAACCAGCAAACGAAGAGCAGCCCGACCAGGAAACGAUGGAACGAUCCUUCAGCUCAGCCGCUUCUGCAGACCAACUUAGAGCUUCCAUCUGAGGAAGAAGCAGAGGACUUGUGGAGUGUGUUGUUGUCGACUAUUGAAACUGGGAAAAGCCGGAGCUGGCACAGUCGAUUUGUUCUAAGUCGAAGUAACAUCAGUUAA